AUGGCGCAGCCGCCGCCGUUCGCCGGCCGCUUCCCGCCGCCGCCGUACCGCGCCUUCCCGCCGCCGCCCGCCGCGGCGCGGCGGGCGCUGCGCGAGGCCGCGCGGCCCCUGCGGCAGCCCGGCUGCGCCGAGGCGCUGCGCGCCAAGGCCGCGAGGGCCCGCAAGAAGCGGCUGCGGCUCCAGCGGAGGAAGCGGGAGGCGCGGGCGGCCGAGGAGGAGCGGGCGGCCCGCGCCGCCGAGCGGGAGGCCGCCAUCGACCGGUGGCGGGCGAAGCGCAUCCAGGAGGUGGAGGAGAAGAACCGGGAGCGGGAGCUCAAAGCCGCCGCCGACAGCGUCCUGUCGGAAGUAAGGAAGAAGCAGGCCGAUACGAAGAGGAUGGUGGACAUCCUCCGCGCUCUGGAGAAGCUGAGGAAGCUGAGGAAGGAGGCUGCUGCGAGGAAAGGUGUUUGUCCGCCUCCCUCGGCAGAUGAAGCAUUUGAAAGUCAAGUGGAGAGUCUGAGAAAGUUACUCAAAAAUCGUACAGAGCUAUACGAAGCUGAGGAGCGGGCUUUAAGAGUUAUGCUGGAGGGAGAACAGGAAGAAGAAAGGAAGAGAGAAAUGGAAAAGAAACAGAAGAAGGAAAGGGAAAAACUUCUACAGCAAAAACGUGAAAUUGAUUCCAAACUGUUCGGGGAUCCAGAUGAAUUUCCUCUAGCCCAUCUACUGCAGCCCUUCAGAGACUAUUACUUACAAGCUGAGCAUUCUGUACCAGCUCUAAUCCAGAUCAGGCAUGAAUGGGAUCAGUACUUGGUGCCAGCUGACCACCCGGAAGGAAGCUGCAUCCCUCCAGGAUGGGUUCUGCCGAGUCUCCCUACAAAUGACGUUUGGGCCACUGCUGUUAGAUAACUUACCAAUAAAUCAUUUUAGCAUUAGAGUAAUCUUCCACUGCAGUUGUGUGUGCGCGAGAGGAAAGAGGGUCCAAAGAAAUAGUAAUGUCCUUGGGUCUCGUUUCUGAUUGUUAAGUGUGUAGCCAGGUACUGGAAUUCCUUGAAUAAAACUGUUAAACAUU